AUGAAGACCUCAGUUGGACUCGUUUUCCUCGCUACACUCAUUUAUCACCCCUCAGUUGUGCUCGGUGUAGCAGAGUGGGGACAGUGUGGAGGUCUCACCUACACUGGAAGCAAGACUUGUGACGCUGGACUGGUCUGCACGUACCAAAAUGACUACUACAGCCAGUGUCUCAAGGGUUCUAGUACCCAGCCAGCAAGCAGCAGUAGCAGCAGCAGCCGUCCGGCUACCUCGACGACGACGAGUAGCACUGGAACGGCGACUGGUGGCCUUGGUGCACGCAUGAAAGCAAAGGGCAAGAAAUACUUUGGUACUUGUGCUGACGCGGGCACCCUUUCCAAUACGGCAAACGCCAACAUUAUCAAGGCACAAUUCAACCAAUUGACUCCCGAGAACUCGAUGAAGUGGGACUCCACUGAGAGCUCCCAAAACAAUUUCAAUUUCAAUGGAGGCAAUACUCUUGUCAACUUUGCUCAGUCUAUCGGUGCUUAUGUUCGUGGUCAUACAUUUGUGUGGCACGGUCAGCUCCCUAGCUGGGUUUCCAGCAUCUCGAGCAGCAGUACCUUGACGAGCGUCAUCCAAAAUCACAUCUCAAAGGAGGGAAGUCAGUGGAAGGGAAAUAUCUACGCAUGGGACGUUUGCAACGAAAUUCUCAAUGAAGAUGGAUCCAUGCGUAGCUCCGUCUUCUAUAACGUCCUUGGAGAGAACUUUGUUUCGAUUGCUUUCAACCAAGCUCGUUCCACUGACCCGAAUGCAAGACUGUAUAUCAAUGACUACAAUUUGGACAGUGCCAGCUACGGCAAGGUGACCGGCAUGGUCUCCCGUGUCAAAAAAUGGAAAGCAGCCGGUGUGCCAAUUGACGGCAUUGGCUCUCAGUCCCAUCUCGGCGCUGGAGGUGGAGGAGGUACACAAGGUGCCCUCACUGCUCUCGCCGGUGCUGGUGUCAGCGAAGUUGCCCUCACCGAGCUUGAUAUUGCCGGUGCAGCCGCAAACGACUAUGUAACCGUCGUGAAAGCAUGUUUGGCCGUCUCUGCCUGUGUCGGCAUCACGGUCUGGGGUGUUAGUGAUAAAGACUCUUGGAGAUCCAGCUCGUCUCCUCUACUCUAUGAUACCAACUACCAACCAAAGGCAGCCUAUAGUGCCGUGCUGAACGCGCUGGCCUAA